UUGAACAGGAAGCUAGCAGGAGCCUUGACCAUGACACCCAAGUCUGGUCUUUUUCCUUUUACAUAAUAAAUAAAACACUAGUCUUUCAUUAAGGCCCAGCAGCUGAAUGAUAAACCCGAGCAGCAGUGCAUUUCUGCGGGUCUGUGAGCUCCGGUAAACCCGUCUGUCCUCCAACACGUGGAGCUCCUGCAGGUUACGUGUGUCAUUAUGUCAUGAUGACUGACUGAUCAAACUGAUGAAGUUCUGAGAGCUGAGAUGCAUAUUUAACAUCAAGUAUGUGGAGUGUAUCCUGACUUCUGCCGUCCUCUGCCAUGUUGCGGCUGCGAUUGUUUCCGGGGCGUUCCCUGCGGCCGUUUCACCGUCAGGCCGUCCUGCAGGAUCAAGUGUUCGAGCAGCUGAAGGCCUGCUCCGCCGAAGAGCAGGUGUUUAAUGUGGUGGGCCGAAACAAAGCCAAGCUGUCGGUCGGCCAUGUGAACUGCGCUAUUGGCCUGCUCUGGCAGUUUCAGAUCGAGCGGCCGGAGAUGCUCAGGACUUUAAAACUGAUCCAGAAUCACCCGCAGUUCCUGACGCUUCGAGUACUGGCUGAGAACAAGAUCAGCCUCAUGGAGGACUGCGCUCUGGUGGACACGCUCUAUAAUGUGCUCAGGCUCAGAGUGGAGCAUCAUGACACUCUUGUUCAGCAGCUGGUGAUAGAGGCUUGGAACAGACUGGAGAGAUUGCAGAUGAGAACGCUUUCAAAGUUUGCUGUUUGCCUGAGCGACAUGUUCCUGCAACACAGUCCGCUGAUGGGUCACAUCACUCAGAUCGUGAGCCAGAGACUGGACACCAUUCAAAACGCCAAAGUCCUCACACCCCUGAUGGUCAGUAUCUACGCCCUGGUGUCGCCUCAACUGCGCGAUUCGCUAAUUAAAAGAGCAGACAUCCUAUUGAACAACAUGGACCCAUUUCGCUUUAAUAACCCCAGACGAGUGGUGCAGUUCUUCAGAAACAGCAGAUACAUCCACAAACCCCUGCUGGACAAAUGCAACCAGCUCUUCCUGCAGAACAUUGAUCACCUGGACACGGAUGACAUCAGUAUUAUUAUGGGACUGUAUCACUCCUUGCAGUACAGUAGCAGUUAUUUAAAGGUGGCUGUGAAACAGAGACUGAUGGAGCUGAUGGAUGAAAACACUGAUCCUGAUGUUUUCACCAAACUCUUCUCUUAUUUGGGACCCAUAGCAGGACAAGGGGUCAGAGAGGAGUUAGAGAGUACUGCGCUGCUAUUGGCUGAUGAGCUGAAUUCCCAGCAGGCUUUAGUUGUGCUGGAGGCCAUGGAGGAUAUGCAGUGCAGGAACCUUCAGCUGAUCAACAAGAUGGAGUCGCUACUCUACAAAAAUCUGGAAGCCUAUCGGCCACUGGAAAUCACUCGAAUUACUCAAGCUCUCGUCCUGCUGCAUUGCCAGAAUCCCGAGAUGCUCUCCAGACUGAAAGCCAAACUGCUUCAUUACCUACAGAGCAGCGUGUACCCUUUUGAGGUGACUGUGCUAAUUAGGGUUCUUUCCAUGCUCCCUUCCCGCCGUCUCGACGAAGGCGUCCUGUCUCGAGUGAAUGCCGUACUCCCACAAUGCAACCUCAACAACCUCAACACUUUCUCCAUUGUUGUGGCCAAAUGGAUUCGCAACGACCCUUCAUACAGGAUAAACACCCCUAGCAGGUACGUUCAGCUGCUCCAGACCCUGAACUGCUGCGGACGAGAGCGACUGCACCGUUUUCAGCGUCUGGAUGGGGUUUUGGAGGAGCUCAAGUUCAUGUCGGGGGAAUGGUUCGAAGAGAUGCUGCUGGAGAAAUCGAUUGUCACCAUGCAGAAAAUGAUCGAUCAGAUAUCCUGGACUAAUGUGCAGGACCUGGCCGUUUAUCUGACCAGGACUAACUACUUGUGUACUGCCCUGCUGGACCGCAUUGCUAGUGUGACCAUUGAAAAUAUCGACAAGAUUCAUUACUCUGAUGCAUAUAUCACAUUGUUGCCUUAUGCUGUGCUAAACUAUGACCCACCAAGAGUGGAGGAGUUUUUUGAUGCGUCUAUUCGACAUAUCACUCCACAUAUUGGCUCCUUUGACCCUCACCUGCUGGUUCUCAUGGCUCACGCACUGGCGAUGGCUGAUUACUUUCCUGAGGAGAUGAUCCGAGAAAUAUUCAGCGUUGACUUUCUAGCGAAGUUGGAUGCCCAUCUUGAGACCUUUCCAGAGUCUCAGAAUCUGUACAUCCGUCUCCGCCUCAUGCAGUUGAACCGCGCCGUCUGUCUGGAGUGUCCAGAGUUUCAUGUGCCAUGGUUUCAUGAGCGCUACUGUCAGCAGCUGCAGAAAAGAGCCAACAGCUCCAUCAGCCCAAUCCAGCAGCAGAUCCAUAAGAUUCUUGGUGAAGUCCUGGGAGAAAUCAACUGUGCCAAAGUAGCAGUGGUGACUCCAUACUACUAUUCUAUCGAUUUUGAGCUUGUUCUGGAUCGUCAUCUUCACCCGCUGCCGUACAGUGAGCCGACUCGACUGCAGAUCAGCGACGGUGGGAAAGUUCACUGGCAGUCCGGAUCAGCAGAGAAGGAGAGGACAGAGCUGCCGCCCGGAGCGCGCCGCAUUGCCCUGGAUUUUCUGGACUCCAGAUCCUUUUGCAGAAACACUCGGCACAUGAAAGGAGAGGCCAUGAUGAAGAAAAGACAUCUGGAGAUUUUAGGAUAUCAUGUAUUACAGAUUCCUCACUUUGAAUGGAACUCAAUGGAGCUUUCCACUGACGACGCAUGGAAAGAAUAUCUGAAGGAGAAAAUAUUUACUGAGUUACCAUAAGCUCUUCAACUAAUAGACAUUAAAUAAAAAUCCAAAUCACUGAAUGUCAAAGGGACACAGUGUACUAUGAAAGGAUUGCAUUUCAGGUUAUCCUUAAUUCGUCUGAUAUUAAUGAGAUAGGUCACCCUCCAAAAAACAAUUUGCACUAAAUGUCUGCAUCUAAUUAGUAUUAAAAUGGAUAUUAAUUGGAUUGUUCGCCCUCCAAAAAUGAAAAUGCAGUUAAUAUCUGCUUCUAAUUGAUAAUAAAAUGGAUAUUAUUUGGAUUGUUCGCCCUCCAAAAAUAAAUAUGCAGUUAAUAUCUGCAUCUAAUUAAUAUUAAAAUGGAUAUUAAUUAGAUUGUUCGCCCUCCAAAAAUGAAUAUGCAGUUAAUAUCUGCAUCUAAUCGGUAUUAAAAUGGAUAUUAAUUGGAUUGUUCGCCCUCCAAAAAUGAAUAUGCAGUUAAUAUCUGCAUCUAUUAGAUAUAAAAUGGAUAUUAAUUAGAUUGUUCGUCCUCCAAAAAUGAAUUUGCACUUGAUAUCUGCAUCUAAUUUUUGUGAAGAAGAUUUUCAGCCGAAAUUGUGAUCCAUAAACUGCAAUACAAGAGCUACUGGGGCAAAAUAUAUAGUCAAAACAUGAAUACCUGUUUCUCCUGAUGAUUGAUGAACACGCUGAAGACUAAAAAGGUAAAAUAAUGUUCAGUUUUUGCAGAUUGAUCCUUUGAUUUCAUGAGACCUCAAAGUCUCAUGGAUCCACAGAUAUUAAUUUUGUGCCUGAAUGUUUAUUUUUUUACUCUAAUAAGUCACAAAAGUCAUAGAUUUUUUUUUUUUUUAAUGUUGUACUGAAGAAUGAAAGUCACUCACACCCCGUCUGGCCUGAGGGUAAGAAAAUUAAAAUCAAAAUAUAUUUUUUAGAUGCAUUUUCACUUCACGUACUCAUUUUGUAAUGAUAGAAAUGUAUUCUCAGGUAAAAACAUCACUGUUUUCAUUGAGGGAAAAGUGUAUACCUGUUUGCCUUUAAAUAUGUAUUUAUUAUUAUGCAUUUUAUAUAUAUAAAAAUGUUGUAUAUGGUGGA